CCCAAGAAUUAUUAAGUUUUCAGUCAUGCUACCAGUUAAAUAUCCUCUAGCUUUCAUAGUGUCAGCACCUGGGAAGGUUAUUCUCCAUGGUGAGCAUUCAGUAGUUCAUGGUAAGACAGCAUUGGCUGCAAGCUUGAAUAUCCGCACAAAUAUUACAGUUAAAGAAGGCGAUAGUGUUGAUGGGAAGAUAAUUCUUGAUCUGCCAAAUCUUGAUACAAAACAUGCCUAUACUGUUCUGGAGUUGAAUGAAAUUUUCCUUUCCAACCCACCACCACUACUGAAGGGUUCACAAUGUGAUUUUAAUCUCUAUAAUCCGGAGUUGAUCAAUACCAGUAAGUUCAUAGAAACACUGCGUGAGUAUGUUCUGAAAUCUGAGAAGUUGCAGCAACUUCCAUUUCCACAAGAAUGUGCACUUGUUGCCUUUUUAGCCCUAUACACGGGAAUAUUCUGUAGCGUGAAUAUUCAAAUACAGCCAUUCUUCAUUGGAGUAGUUUCAGACUUGACUUUAGGGUCUGGCUGUGGAAGUUCUGCAUCAUUUUCUGUUUGUCUUGCUGCUGCUUUCAUUCACUACAUCCGUUCUAAGAUCUCUUUAAAUAGUAUUACUCAUGGAAAUAUUUCAAAGAAUGGCUACAAAGAUAUGGAAAUGGAAAUUAUUGAUUUAACCGUGUUUUCUGCUAAGGAAAAGGAGCUAAUUUCUCGCUGGGCCCUAAUUGGGGAGAAGAUAAUGCAUGGGAAUCCUUCGGGUCUUGAUAAUGCCACAUGCACUUUUGGUUCAGUUGUAAAGUUCAGGAAGGGGAAAGAGGGACAAGGCGCAGUUCUAGAACAUCUAUCAGGAACAGCUAAGUUGAAGAUUCUACUGGUAGACAGUGGAGUGAGGAGAGAUACAGCUAGGAUGCUAGCUAAAGUGUCUGAGCGCCUGAAGUGUUAUCCACAAGUGGUACAGUCAACGCUGGAUGCUAUGGAUGGCAUUGCGAUAGCUGCUGCUGAAAUUUUAAUGCUGCUUGGAGAAUUAGAUACUGAAAUUGGUGAUACACUUAAACAACAGAAUUCCCUUCAUGCAAAACUGGAGGAAUUGGUGGAUAUGAACCAAGCAUUUCUAAAUGUUCUGGGUGUAUCACACCCAUCAUUGGAUCGCAUCUGCAGGACUGUUUCAAAGUGUGGGUUCCAUGCCAAACUGACGGGAGCUGGUGGUGGUGGCUAUGCUUUUAUCUUGCUUCCACCUUGUUCGAGUCAACAGACAAAAGUACAACAAAUGAAGGAGCAGCUGGAGAGAAAUGGCUUUGUUUGCACUGAAACAGAACUUGGAAGUGCUGGUAUAACUGUCUCAAAUUUAAUAUAAUAGGCCCUAUAUUGACUUUUACUGGUGGUGGUUAUGCUAGCAUUAUACAAGCUGAGAUCAUUCUCUUCAGCAGAGAAACUAUUUAACUUCUAUGUGUGGUUCUGGUUUCCUAUUCAAGAGAUGUUAAAGGAUAGUAGUACUGGAUUUUGGUGGUGUGUUUUAUUUUCACUGGCCCUGAUACAGUUUUCCAAGAAAGGGAGGAGUUCAUCAACACAGACAAUAAAGAAGUCUCAAAAGUGGGUGGUCAUACAGUCCAAUAGAGCACUUGACUAGGAGUUUUCAAUGUUCUAUAGACAGUUAUCUGACUAGUAUUUUUUUGUUAAAAUUAUGGUGCUUAUGAUGCAGUUACUCGAUAUCUUUGUAUAGUGUUUAUAUGUUUUUAUUUAUGCAUGUUGAGUUUGUGUAGACGUACAUGCACUUCUCUUGGAACUGUACUCUGCUGAAGUAAUUUAUGUGAUAACAGAGUAUUAAAGUCAUGUGCAAAGUUAAAUUUGAAAUUUAAAUUACUGUUUAUGCAUGUUACAAACAAAUGGCAUUGAAAUAUAAUAUAUAUUUAUAUAAUGAUCCAGCCCAUUUAAAAUUAUACUCUCAUCUAUGCCUGGGUCUUCCAGUAGGUGUGUUCUGUUAAGAUUUUCUUUUGUAUGUGUUUCUGAGCUCUCGUGUGCUGCUUGAUCUGCCAGUCUCAUCCAUAAUUUCAUCAUCCUAAUGUUUUAUGAAGAGAAGAGAUUAUGAAACUUCUCAUUACCCAAUUUUCUCCACCCUCUUUUUGUCUUCACUCUUACAUAAAGAAUCAUUUAGAAAAUUAAGUUAUGGAAGGUAAAGGUAAGGGAGAGUUACCCCUCUGCUUAAAUACCAUGGUACUAAGUCAUACAGAUGACACGGGUAAAGUUCCAUGCAUUCUAAACCUCAGCACUAAAUUGAGGUGAGUGGUCACCUUCAUGUUCUGGCCACUUCACCACCAGAACUAAGUAUCCCAGUGUUUACUAGACAGGAGACAUGGUGCGCCCUAGAGCUAGCCUAGACAUGGUAACAUUGCUUAGUUAUUGCAGUAAUUCCACUGGACAAGUAUUUGCCUUUUGAAAUCUUCAGAAUCAAACCAGGGCACUUCGAUGGAUGACAGUACAAAGGAAAUCGAUUUUGUAUGUUAAAGAAAUUGACAUGAAGGUAUAAAGCUGGUGCCUAUGGUUUGAAGCUGUCAGUGUUCUAAAAGAGUUUUAUUUAUGCUGGUAACUUUACUUCCAUGGGAGAUUAGGUGUUGCCUCAACUCAGGUGCACAUUGCAUUGAACAGUGAAAUUUCUGAAGAGUUCUGUCAUCUGGAAUAUAACGCGGUGUAGUCCAUUGAAAGUCAACUGACGUUUUGGAGGAAUAUGUCGCCUCUAUCUUUAGAGUCAAAGAAUAAGCAAAUUAAGGAACCAGCAAGAAGCAGGUAGGAAGCAAAGCAGUUCACAUUCAUCAGUUCCUAUUGGCUUGCUCACAGAUUAGAGUGAACCAAUAUGGAUGCAAGACAACUCACCAGUUCCCAUUGUCUGUCUCACAGAAUAGAACAAACAAACCAAUAGGAGACUGAUAAUGCUCAGUCACAUGCAUAAAUUAUCUAGUGGUAAUGAGACAAUGAAAACAGUGAUCACUAGAGCUAGGAUUUUUAUUUAAAUAUUUUAUUUCUAACUAUGUAGAUGCUCAAAAAGUAAUAAGCAGCAUUAGCAUUGCCACAGUUGAAAUUUAUUUUACAUAUUUUGGAAUUUCCUACUUAUUUCUUUGGGAUAUUACAUAAAUCUACUUAAUUUCAUGGUAUUUUUAUUUAGUUGCAUUUUAAACUGGAAGGUGUCCAUAUUUUUUGUGUGUAUUUUGAUUAAAUACCUUAUUAAUAGUCUCCUCCACCCUUCCAAAAGACUUUUUCUGCAAUGACGGGGAGAUCCAGUAGGUUUAAACUUCAAAUGCCUAAAUUUUGGCCCUUUUUGGAAAAGUACUGCAACACAUUCCAGACCAGUCAACACUUUGAAAACAUUAUCUGCCUACCUGCUAUGAAGAGACCUUAGAAAACAUAAACGGUAGCAUAGGAGAUGCCUUUAUAAGGGUUGUUGUGGACAAAACAGAUUCCAUGGGUUGCUUUAUCAUGAACCUUGUGGCUGGCAAUUACAUAAUUGUGUACAUAUUUUGCAUGGAAUUACACAAAAAUCCUAGCUCUAGCUGUCAUAUAUUUUACAGCACUAUCCUGACGAUUGUUCAAGGGCUGUCAGGUUAGUUUGCAUUUCAGACGUGUUUAACCAGAAUUUUAGUAAGAUUCAAUACUAUAGAGCUAAACACACUUCCCAAUUUAGGAGGGUUUCUGAUUUUUUUUUUAAGUUCUGUUUAUAUGUCAUUGUUGAAUGUUUUAAAAACUUCACUCCUAUCUUAUAAUCUAAAAUGAUUUACUUUUAGCUUUAUGUAAAAUUUGAUUUAUUGCAGUUAAACCUGAACAUUCUCUUAUAUAAUGUUUACACUAGUCUUGUCUCAUAAUAUUGUCUUAACUGAUAGUAAUAGCCUAGACAUAAUCCUCUGCUGUACGAAUGAUUUUCUUCAUACAUUUAGAAAUAUAAGAAGUUAAAUGAAGUUUUACAGUAAGCAGCUGUCAAAAAUUUUUGGUGUGUAUCUUCAACUGUUCUGGCUCAAGUACAACUGUGACAAUACAAUAACUAGUUUUCUUGUAUGGUUUACAAGUUUGCUUAUUUUAUGAACCAAAAUAAUUGUAACAGUCCACCUGCAACUCUAACAUAGUCUCAAAGUGAUGAUGUUUUUAAAACUUCAUAUUGUUAGUUGUAUACAUACACAUAUAAAGUUUGAACUGUAAUAUCAGUUAUGAAAUUUUCCUCAUAAAAUAGAUGCAAAUCUAGUGUAGUCUGGCAUUCAUUUGAGUACAGGAAGUGGGUACACAGGCUAAUAUGUUAUAUACAGAAUAA